CGUUGUACUUCCAUAAUGAGACUCUUUAAAGCUGCUGCUCCAUACAGCACAUUAAUCUAGUCACAGGGAUCUGGACUUUGGAAAUACGCAGUACUUUUGACACGAGUGGCGCGGCUACAUUUCGGCGUUUUCAUCCAUUUUUGUGGACUUACUUUCGCUUUGCUCGCAAACCAUAAGGAAACAUCAUGCUGCUCCUCUUACUGGGAAUCGUCGUCUUGCAUGUGGCUGCACUGGUUCUGCUCUUCGUGUCAACUAUAGUCAGUGCAUGGGUUGUUAACCCCAGCAGCAGUUCAGACCUCUGGACAAACUGCACCGCCUCUGGUUUGAAUGGAGAAACCAAAUGUGAGACUGCUGACACUGGAGUUUGGAUCCAGGCAGUCCAAGCCCUCAUGAUCCUGUCAAUCAUCUUCAGCUUCCUGUCUCUCUUCCUGUUCUUCUGCCAGCUCUUUACUCUUCAGAAGGGCGGACGCUUCUUCCUCACUGGAGCAUUCCAGAUCUUUGCUAGUCUUUUCGUAAUGAGUGGAGCUAUCAUUUAUACGGUAAUGAACCACGAAUGGGUCGCUACAAGCGAGUCCUACGGCUUUUCCUACAUCCUGGCCUGGGUAGCCUUCCCUCUGGCGUUCAUAAGCGGCUUAAUCUACGUCAUCUUGAGAAAACGAGAGUGAGGUGGCACCACCAUCUAGUGGCCGCCACCUGCAAGUACAGCUUUGAAGCCAAAGUAUUGCACUGCAUCCACCAAGAAGUGAAAUCACGCAGUAUCUUCACCCGGGGGGGGUCAGUCAAAAUCAACCCCACCGCCACCCCCGAAAAGACAUAUUCAAUACUGUCAUCAUUUGAAGAUGUGUAUAUAGUAUCUUUGGUUUAAAACCUAUUUAUAACACUUUUUACAUAUAUGUACAUAGUAUUUUAUGUUUGCUCUGUUGACAAAGAACCUCGGACAGCUUUUCGUUUAGCUAAUUAAGUGCCUAGAGUGCGUGUUUGUCGCAGAAAUGUGCAUCAUUAGCCAUAAUGUGUGUCUGUGUCAAUUUUUCCUUCCUUAUAAGGCCAAAAAUACUUAAAAAGGUUUUCGAUGUAUUUUAACCAAAGUGCAUGUAUUAAAUUAUAGAAAGGAAGGGUUUUCAAUGAAGCUGCGUUGAGAAUUCAUAGAUGAAGUAACUUAAACACCAUAGUUAGAUCUGCAAUUUAAAAAGCUUUAUUUUUUUGUUUUUUGUUUUUUUUCAACAAAAAUGGUGCUAUGUAUUUACCAUUCCUUUAACUAAUAGCCAUUUAGAUUUUAUUUAGAAAGACAUAACAUGACUGAAAGCCAAAAUCAGAACGCCACUGAAUAUUUUGUGCUUGUGCCUAUAACAUAAUGCUGUAUAUACAGUACUCACCAAAAAGGUUCAUUUUAUAAUAAAACAAACAAAAUGUGUUCUGAGUAGCAUGUGGUUAUUAGUCUAGAUUUGGGAGAUUGUAAUGGAGGAAUUGUAGUGAAAGACAUGGAACUAGUUGGAUUUCUAAAGUUACUUUUAAGAGCAGUAUUAGCAGUAGGAUUUGCGAAAUAAAUGUUGCAUUGAAAUCCAAAUACAAUUCAAAUGUGUAAUGUGUAAUGCAUUCGAUCACUUGUUAGAUGUUAUUAUAAUUGGGGCAUUACAGCUGAGGCGAACGCCCUGCAUUUUCAAAUCAAACAUGCAUAAAAAUAUCAGCUAAACAUGAAACGACGGUAAUUUUUUUCAUGCAUCAAAACGACAGCUUACAAUCCUCUAUAUAAACAAUAUAUCCAGAAAAGCAUAUUUAAAAGCAUCAAAGUGGCAGGUAGAAAUGCUAUGAACUGACCACUUUUAACAUGAUGGUGGACGCGUCGUAACACCUGCAUGCAUGGAAACAUUUUCAAUACUUGAAAUCUAACAUGCUGCAAUGUCUACCCUUUUGAGAUGCUCUGUUUCUACUCACAUAACUCACAGUAAUUCACAAUGUACUGUAAUAGCAUGUGAUUGUAUUAAAAGAGAAACGUAUUACUUACAAUCAAAGGCCCUGUUCUGAGGACCAUGUAUUAGAUUGCUUUACUCCAAAAACAAUAAAUGAUGUUGAACAUGUUGCCUGUUUUCAUGGUUGUAAUAGCUUGAGGAAUGUUUCACUAAAUCCCCUUCUGUUUUUUUCUGUGACUGAACAAACGCAGAAUAAUUUAUUUUACUUGCAAUAAAUCAGUUUGUCACUUUUA